GCGGCUGGCUUCCGGGUUGGAUGUGCGCUGUGUUAAGCAGUGCGGCUUGGUUGGGUUGUGUUUCGGAGGACGUAUGGCUUUCGACCGUCGUCUCUCCCGAGGCCAUACGGGAGAUGUAGAGAUGAAACAAGAUCGUGAGUUGGCUUCAAACCAAGACAGGCCAUUCCUUUAUCAUUUGUUCAGAAUGUGUCCUUUCCCUCUCCAUUCUGCAGGACUACCUUCUGUAUGGAUCCAGGUGUGACUGUCACAGCUGCAACAUAACUAUUCAACAUGAUAGCGUGAGUAGUUAUUGGACGUUGAGUGUUUCCUUGAACUAUGAAUACUGCUCCAGUGUUAAUGUUAUGGUGUGGCAUUGGGUGUGCCGUGUUUUGGUAGCUUUCGUUAUACUCAGGGGACCUGACUCAGACACAGUGUGGCAGCUUUAUCCACCUGGUGGCCUGUAAUUGGCUAUAAUAAGAAUGGAGGCAACAGAGACAAUGGGAGGAAGUCCUGCAAAGAGCUAAUCUUUUUUCCAUACUUCCUUAUUGGCGCGUGAGUGUCAUUUAUGGUUUAGGUUCACAUGCCACUUACCGGAGGUCCUCCUGUGUGUUCCAGUCUCCUGACCCCUGAAGCAACACUGCCACCACAGCUGCACCUUCAGCCCAGACAAAACGUUAUACUCCGCUAGCGUCUCACGCUGCCUGUUGCCGGAGCUCCGGAGACUUUGAUUAACUGACUACAGUGAAGCUGCAGGCCGCUGUUGUCACCAGGCUAAGUUCCCACACUUUCUUAGCAGAAGAUCCGAGAUGGACAAACUUAGCAGAAAAUCAAAUGGUCGCUGAGCCAUUGGUGAGAAACAGGGCAUCGGUCAACGUAGCUGACCUGUAGAAUUUCACCUCUCUGAGGCUGCAGCCAAGGGAAAAUAGCUAAGAGAUCUGCUGAUGCUCAAGAACUGUAAUGGUAACAUGUCUUUGGACAUGGUGAAGGAGGGAGACACGGGCAUCCAGGACAAGCUGAAAGGAGAUGCUGCUCUCCUUGAGCACGGGGCGGACGACAACGCUCAGGUCAAAGGAGGCUCAUCUCCCUGCGCAACACAGCCUAAUAUGGGAUGUGACGGUGCCGUCUUGCUGUAUGCCAUGAGUAACAGCCACCCCCUGCGGUCACUGACCUCGGUUUCAGAGAUAGACCACCUGCACCUGCUGUCGGAGCACCUGGGCGCUCUGGUGUCUGGCGAGGAGUACAGUGAUGUCACCUUUGUUGUCGAGGGGAAGCGCUUCCCUGCCCACCGGGUCAUCUUGGCGUCACGGUGCCAAUAUUUCAGAGCCAUGCUCUUUAAUGGCAUGAAAGAGUCCCAGCCCCAGGCCGAGGUGCCCCUGGAGGACACGCAGGUCGAGGCAUUCUCCAUGCUCCUGCAGUACCUGUACACGGGCCGGGUGAGCCUGAGUACCGCCCGCGAGGACGUUUUACUGGACUUCCUGGGCCUGGCGCACCGCUACGGCCUCCAGCCACUAGAGGACAGCACCUCUGAGUUUCUGCGCACGGUGCUGCACACGCAGAAUGUAUGCUUGGUGUAUGAUGUGGCCAGCCUCUACUGCCUGGGGGGCCUGGCGCAGGCGUGCUGCGCCUACAUGGACCGGCAGGCGCCCGAGGUGCUGGCAUCAGACUGCUUCCUCACUCUCUCUAAGACUGCUCUUCUGGCUGUGGUGCAGCGGGACUCGUUUGCCGCCACCGAGCGGGAGAUCUUCCAGGCGCUGUGCCGCUGGUGCCGGCACAACUGUAACAACGAGGUGGCAGCGCAGGAAGUGAUGUCGGCAGUGCGCCUGCCCCUCAUGAGCCUGAUGGAGAUGCUAAAUGUGGUGCGGCCCUCUGGCCUCCUCAGUCCCGACAACUUGCUCGACGCCAUUCAGACGCGCUCGGAGAGCCGCGACAUGGACCUUAACUACCGAGGCAUGCUCAUCCCUGAAGAGAACAUUGCCACCAUGAAGCACGGUGCCCAGGUGGUGAAGGGCGAGCUGAAGUCGGCCCUGCUGGACGGAGACACACAGAACUAUGACCUGGACCACGGCUUCUCCCGGCACCCCAUCGAGGAGGACGGGCGAGCAGGCAUCCAAGUCAAGCUGGGCCAACCCUACAUUGUCAACCACGUACGCCUGCUGCUGUGGGACCGCGACAGCAGGUCGUACUCUUACUAUGUGGAAGUGUCUAUGGAUGAGCUGGACUGGGUGCGUGUAGUGGACCACUCCAAGUUUCUCUGUCGUUCCUGGCAGAGUCUAUUCUUCACAGCGCGUGUCUGCAGGUAUGUACGCAUUGUGGGGACACACAACACCGUGAACAAGGUGUUCCACCUGGUGGCCUUUGAGUGCAUGUUCACACAGCGACGAUACAUUCUGGAGAAAGGACUCCUGGUCCCCGACCGUAGCGUGGCAACCAUCGCAUGCGGGGCCAGUGUGAUCGAGGGUGUGAGCCGGAGCCGCAACGCCCUGCUCAACGGGGACACCUCCAACUACGACUGGGACUCGGGCUACACCUGCCACCAGCUGGGCUCAGGGGCCAUCGUCAUCCAACUGGCCCAGCCCUACAUGUUGGGCUCACUCAGACUGCUGCUCUGGGACUGUGAUAACCGCAGUUACAGUUACUACAUCGAGCUGUCCACCAACCAGCAGCAGUGGACCAAGGUGGUGGACCGUACCAAAGUGGCUUGCAGGUCUUGGCAGACGCUGGUGUUUGACAAGCACCCCGCCUCCUUUGUGCGCAUCGUGGGGACCCACAACACAUCCAACGAGGUGGGGAGAGAUGAGCAGGCUCGGGAAGUGUUCCACUGCGUCCACUUCGAGUGCCCCGCCCAGCUCGACACAGAGGUCAAAGAGGGCAGCCCGAACUCUAAGUCCCAGCAGCCUCCGCUACAGCCCGAAUCACCCUCCCAGUCCCAGCUCCAACUCCCCACCCGGCCUUCCUCUGCCUCCUCGUCCUCACACUCCCACCCCCUCUAAGGCGUUUGCCAACCCCAACCUCCCCCUUAGACUCCAGGAGAAAACCACAGACACUACCUUAGGCAUCUCAAUCCACACAAGCUUCUUUUGUGAUGUUACUCAACAUAAUAUGCUGCUCAAAUGAAAUAAAUAUAUAUUUAUAUGAAAUUAAA